AUGUUUUCAAAAGCUAAAAGAUUUGAUACAGCGGUUCCAAUUAAAACACAGUCGAAAAUUCAAACUAAACGAGAAAUAGAAAAAGCACCGAAUAAAACUGCAACAAUAAAAUCCACAGCUUCAUUAACUACACCUUCUAAACAAAAUUUUGAUGUACAGUCUCAGUGUAGUUCAGUACGAAGCACGAAAUCUUUUAAAACUCCAAAACCAGGCAAACCUGUCAAUUCUAAAUGUAAAACUAUUGACAGUACAAAAAAAAACUUUCCGCAAAUUACCAAAAAGAUAAAUAGUAAUGUACAAGAUGAACUUAUUAAAGCACAUGAAGUUGAAAUUAGGAAUAAGGAUUACACCAUAUCGGAAUACAAUAAACAGAUAGAUGAUUUGAAAAAUGAAAUAGCAAAAUUGCAUAAAAUGUUACAAGAAAAUCAAAAAUCCAAUGAAAUUGAGACAAUCAACAAUAAAUUAUGCCAAAUUUCUCUUGAUGAUGGAAAAGUCAACAAGUUAAAUGAUAAUAUUGAAGACGAUGUAGAAAAAUCUACUAUUAUUAAUAAUUUAAAAUAUGAAAUAUUUGAAUUAGAACAACAGUGUGAAAAACUAGAGAAUGAAGUUAGCAGCAAGCAAGUUGAACUUUCUUCCCUUGAAGAAAUCAUUACAAUCAGAGAUAGUCUUUGUACUGAUUUGCAAAAGAAACUGACCAAUGCAGAGUCUUGUUUAGAAGAAACUCGUCAAAGGCUUGAAAUGGUAAAAGGACAUCAUGCUUUAGCACUAGAAGCCAACGAAAGUAUUCGAAGAGAAUAUAAAGUGGAAAUUGAAUCUUUAAAAUCAAAACUGGAUGAAGAAAAACAAGCUAUCAUCAAUAAAAGUAAGAUAGAUCAAGAGAAUCUAAAGGUAAAAUAUAAUGCAAUGAUAGAAGAAAUCAAAAAUCAAUUAAAAAAAGAAAAUGAUGAUAAGAUACAGGAACUACAACAUGCCUUAGUUGUUAAGGAUCAAGAAAUGAAAGCAAAAUUAGAACAAAUAGAUGAGGCCACAAAUGAAAAGUUGAGAUUGUGUGAAAUACAGUUUGAAGAGCGCAGUAGGCAUUUACAAGAGCAUUGGGCACAGCAACAAAGACAAAUACUUACACUUGAAAAUGAAAUAAAAGAUCUCAGAUAUGUAUUAAAUAUUAACGAAGAAAAAAAUACUGCUUUGAACAAAGAAAUCAAGUAUAUGCAACAGGACAAUGACAAUCUAAAACUUGAGAAAAACAAUAUAAUUGAGGAACUGGAAAAUUUAAAAGAAGAAUCAAAGAAAAAAAUUAUAAACUUUGAAAAUGAAAUAAACAAAUUAACUGUAGAAGUAGAUAAAGUAACAAAGGAGAAGAAUAAAUUUGAAAUGUCUUUAUCAGUUACUCGGGACAUAGUACAAGUUCUCACUAUGCGCUUAAGAGAAUCUGAUAAUGAAUUGGAACACUUAGAAAGCCAAGUUCGAACAUUGACAGACUCUAAGGAAGUAUUAGAAUCAGAACUGGCCACAUAUAAAAAUUCUCUGAAGAAUACACUUUUAGAAUGUAAUGAAUACAAGGAGGCCCUUGUUAACAUUCUCAAAUCCAAAGCAGCGUUAGCCAAAGAACACAAUAGAAUUAUGGAACAUAAUGUGUCUCUCAUUGAAAGCUUACAAAAUGUUGAGAAAGAGGCAUAUCGUGAACUUGGUUCCAUCAAAAGUGAGCUCAUUGAAGACGUUGAGUUAAUUAAGAAAGAGUCGAAUUCCCAAAUUAAAAUGCUAAGGGAUGAGGUAGAAAAGAAGCGCAUGCUGUGCGAGCUGGCGACGGAGCACGCGGGGCAGGCGGCGGCCGCGGCGGAGCAGUCGCGCGCGCUGCUGGCGCACGCCGCCGCCGAGAUCGCCCGCCUCGAGGCCGACAACCACUGUCUGCAGCAACAGAUUGAAGAUCAGCAAUCUCUAGUAGUUGAGUUAUCUCUUCUUCGACAAGAGAAUGAAGAGUUAACGAUGACGGUCGCGAAGCAGACGUCGGUUAUGGACAAGAUGAAGAAAGAAGCUGAAAUCAAUCAAACCAAACCAAAAUCUCCUUCUGUUCUGAGGAAAACUCUUAAAAUGGGAAAAGAAAAUAUGCCGAAUGUUAUAUCGCCUCUAAGAGAACGUAAUCAU